GUCAAGCCAAAUAAACAACAGAAGUAAAAGAAAUUUUUUGACGUCUAAAAUUAGAAUAAGGGAGAUUUUUGACUUGUAUGAAUUUCAUGUGGUCACAAGUACUAAAUGGAUUGACAGCCAUUAAAUAUGUUAACCAAACAUAUUUAAGGAAUUUAAAAUACUGGAAUUAUCAAACUAUCAGUUUCUACUGUAAGCCAGCACUCUUUUCAAAUAUUCAAAAACCCUUAGUAAUCUACCAACCACAUAGAGUUACUAAACGUACAUUUAGAAUCAUGGAGUGUUGUGGAAAUAGUUGUGGUCUUGAUUUAUCCAAAGAAGCUUUAAAGAAGAAACUGACUUCAAUGCAGUAUCAAGUAACUCAAGAAGGAGAAACAGAGAGAGCUUUCACUGGAAAAUAUUAUAAUCACUUUGAAAAGGGCACUUACACUUGCAUUGUUUGUAAUCAGCCGCUUUUCUCCUCGGAAGCAAAAUUUGAUUCAAAAUGUGGCUGGCCUGCAUUUUCUGAUGUCAUAGAUAGCAAUAAUGUGAAAUGCAAAAAGGAUUUAUCACAUAUUAGUUGUAAUCUUCUUCUCCUCACUAUGAAAACAGACAUGUCAAGAACUGAAGUCAGCUGUUCAAAAUGUGGAGCCCACCUGGGACAUGUCUUCGAUGAUGGACCUAAACCAACUGGAAAGCGCUACUGCAUCAAUUCUGCUGCUCUAGAUUUUAAAAAAUCUGAAAGUACAUCUGAGACUUCAUCAAAAAGCUAAGUGUGAAGAUAAAGACUUACUGCUUCUUGCAUUCAUCCAGCUAGGUGCCUCUGUGAGGAAUUUUUAUACUACUGCAGUGUGAAUUUGCAAAUUGCAUUGUUUGUAGCUUUUUGGAGUAUGUUUUAGUCCUUAUCUUAAAUGCAUCAAAGUAUUUUUCAUUAAUACUAAAUAGAUGUUCAAUUUUCUGAUUUACUGCCAUGUUGCAAUUAGAUUUUGAUUGUUUUAACCGAAUGUAAAAUUUCCAUUAAUAUAUACAAAUAAGGAGAUGUUUUUUAAUAUAUAAAUAUUUCUACUGUUUACUUCUAAGUAAUUAUAUAUAUAUUGGUUUAGUACAAGGCUUCUUAAAUUGUGGGAUCAAAUGUAAACAGUGUUCAGGAUCAUGGAUAUUUAUUUAGCAUCUUUUUCCUUUAAAAUUUUUCUGUAUGUGUAUGCAAAAAAUAUUAGAAAAAUUCUCUUAAUAUAAAUAAUUGGUAUAAAAGCACCCAAUUAGUUAUGUCAAAUUAAUUCUUUUUAAAAAUUGUUUAAAUAUUUACAUAUGCUUAUGAAUAAUUUAUUGAUUGUAGAAUCAAGAGUAAAAUUUUUCUGUCGAAACUUUAACUAUUAAAUUUUUUCUAUUGAUUCUAGUUUAUAAAAGUUUAAGAAGCCUAAGUAUAAUAAAAUAUGUUGCAUGAUCAUGCUAGUUUAAUAUUUAUUAUCCAGUUGAAAAACUGUGCAUUUUUUAACACAGCUUUGUUUUGAAAUAUUUCCAUCAAUUCUAAGUUGUAUAAUUUUAAAUUGUACUAUGUGUAAGAGGAUGGAAAAUUUUAUGAAAAAUAUGUACAUUAGAUUUUUUAUAUCAAAUUUUCUUUUCAUUAAUGUCAAAAUUAAAAUAAUUUGAAAUAAAUUAUAUUAAAAUUAUUAAUAAUUUUUAUCUUAUUUAUCUGCAUGGUAUAUUAUUUUUUUUACUAUGAAUUUCUUUCUAUGUAAUUAAAAAAUUUCUAUGUAAUUGUCUUUCUAUGUAAUUGAAACCAUCAUUAAAAUUUUAUCAAGAUAUUUAAAAAAAGGAAACAUUUUUUCAGGAGGCAAAAUUAAAACUGAAAAUUCAAUUUUUAAAAUCCAUGGAAACAUCUGUGAAGUCACUGAAAUCUGGUAGAUUUUUUUCCUAUUCAGAUUGUUAGUCUUUUAAUAUGUCGUUCCCUCCUUCAGUUUUAAAAGAAACCUUAUUAUAUAAGAAUUUAUGCAUUAUUAUAUGAAUAAAUUAAAAUAUUUUGAGAACUUUUUAUGUAGUCAAUUAUAUUGUAUAGCUGAAUGAUUGGCAUUAAUAGCAAUCCUGGUUUUAAUUUUUUUUCAAAACUAUGUUUUUAAAUAAUUUGUUGAAUUUUGAUAAUGAAAUCCAAAUGAGCUUCUGAUUACCACCGAAAAAUCUUGCAUUAUUCGAAAUUUAUUUGAUUUGAAUUAUUUAUAUUCAGAGUUUCUUAUUUAUUAUUAUAUCAUUUUUACACAUUAGGAUUAUGUUAGACAAAAUGACAGAGAGUCAAACCUGUAUAUCAAAUUCAAAAUAUUCACACCACAAGGUUUUCAUUAUUAUAUUUUUUAUAAUCUAUUUAUUAUUUAUUUGGCUUACAAAAAUAUUAUGAGCUGAAAAGAAUCUGAAUUUAUUCUAUUAUAUUGCCUUAAACUUCUAUAUGUGUGUGUUAUUUUGCAUUGGUAAUGGAAAGCUUCUAAUUUUGGCUUCUUUUUUUUUUUUUUUUUUUUUUUUUUAAUUCACUAACAUUUAAUUGAGGUGAGUGUUCAUUUAUUGGUUCAUUUUUGUAAUUUAUUUGUUGGUGAAAAGUAUCAGUAUUUUGCAGUGUAUAUUUUCUCUCCUAAUCUUAAAUAUGUAAGGUUUAUUAAAUUUUUGAUUUAUAAAUUCUUUUAUUGUAUAAAAAAUAUUCUUAUAUUGUCAUCUUCAAGAGGAAAUGAUAUGCUUCUCUUGGCAUAGAACCAGUCAUUGCCAAGUGUAAGGACUGUUGUCUACAAACAGUGGCAGCAACAUAAUAUACAUAAGUCAAACUUGGCAUCAAACCUUUUUGAAUUAGUGCUGGUGUUGUGCUAAUGCUAAAUUAUCAAGGAAUCUUAUUACUGAUACAUAUGCAAAAUAUUAGUUACUUAAAAUAACAAAACAACACUAUAGUCAAUGAUAACUUAAGUUGACAGUACAAUAAAAGUGAGGCUAUUUAUAAUUAUUUUUUGUUAAAUAAUCUUCAAUAUGAUUAUGAUGUAUUUAAAAACAAUUAAACAAUUAGUCUUUAAAUUUAAAUACAAUUAAAUGGUAUCCAUUAUCAAGAAACUUUAUAUGAACACUUUUAUCUGAAAUAUAAAGCAGAAAAUGUAUGUUUUGUAUAUUAAAGGAGAAAUAAUAGAGAGAGAGAGAGAGAGUAGUAUGAAAUUUGUAAACAUCAUUUUAUGUUCUCUUUUUAUGUCAGUUGUGUUAUUUUCAACUCUCAACAUUUUUAUUCUUAAGAUAUUAAGAAUUAAAAUAAAUUAUUGCUUGCAAUGUUUCAUUUAAUUUCAACAAAUUUUGAUCAUUGAAUUAAGUCAUUCAUAUUUAUUGAACUCUUUUCCUAAUGAGAUGAGAAGACUUAAAAAAAAAAGCAGAAAUAUAAAAUAGUAAUUUUCUAGUCAGGCACACAAACACCAAAAAGUAGAAAAUGGUAUUUUGAAUUAUAUCUAUAAAAACUGUCAUACCAAGGAAUAUCAAUUGUUGUUGCAGGGAUGUAGCGAGGAAAAAAAAAAAGAAAAAGAAUAGAAUCCUACAGAAUAGAAUAGAAUUAAAAUAGAAUCCGAAUUAAAAUCAACGAGAGGUGCUGUGUUAAAAGACUAUUAUAAUAAGUUUAAAGUGUUGUAAAUUCUUAAAUCUAAAAAAAUUGAAAGAAAAGAUUCUGAGUAAUAUUUGGUAUAUCAGCCAGUAUAUAAUAUUGAGGCUUGUAAUUUUUUAUGGACUGCCAUCUUUAGCUAUCACUAACUAUAGUGUAUUUCUGAUCUUAAAAAUACAGUGUUUCAGGAACAAAUGUGGAGAUGUCAGUUAAUCAGUUUAUACCAUAAAGUAAUACUGCAAUUCAACUAGUAUAAUGUUGUUAUGUUUAAAAAAAAAAUCAAGAAAUUUUUUCAUCUGUGAUAUUGAUAAUGGAUUAUUUCUUGGGCAUUAGAACUCUUAUUGUAAAUCUAAUACAUUUUGAUGGUCAUAAAAGACAAACAGUUUUUGUGACAUUUCUUGAUUAUUCAUAUUGUUAAAUAUUUCUGCAUACAGCAACAAAAUUAUUAUCAUCAUUAUUAUUUGAAACUUGCUUGUAGGUAUUUAAAAUUGUUUUCCAAAACCCAAUUUGUAAAAUGUAUCAACUAUUGUGUUCUUUGCUUUAUUUUUCUUCUUUUGUGUCACUAUUUUAUUUAUUUUACUAAGACUGUGAUGCUGUACUUGGAAAAAUUUUAUUUAUUCAAAGUAUGAAUUAGUUAAAUUAUCAAUGCAAAUUAUAUUAUUUUUUAUUUCAUGAAGAAUGUAGACUUUUAUAAGUUAUUUUUCCAUUAACAGAAUCUGAAACAAAAUCUGAGGGACGAAUUGACAUUGAAUAACCAUUAAAACUUGAUGAUUUUAAUGAACCUGUUACAGAGCACACUGAUUAAAUGAUUGACUGAAUGCAUUGAUCAUUCAUUUGAAAUAUUGUUGCUCUCAUUAGAAAAUCUUAAUGGUGAAUAUCAGCUCCAUAUUAGAAUAAUGCCAACAUUUCAGAUUGGUAACAGUUUGGUUUUGUUAGUGGAAAAGUGCCUUUUAUUAUUACAAGCUUCUUCCCAGAAAGUAAGAACCAAUUAUAUUUAUUGAUAUGAGCAUUACAAUUAUCCUUACUAAUCAUAUUAUCAAAAAAAAAUAUAUAUAUAUUCUGUUUAACUUUAGUUGAACACUUAUUAUGAUAAUUUAUAAAUUUAUUUAAAUUAAAUAAUACAAUUAUAAUAAUUCAAAAAUAACUUUUAAAAAUCAUAUUGAAUAGUGAUUAUAAAUUAAUAAUUAUAAAUGACCCUGUCUGGACAUUUGCAUCAUUUAAUACCCUGGUUGUCAAGAUAAUAGUACAGGUACUAGGGGUUAGUUAGAAAAUGGUUCUCUGCAGUCCAUACACCAACUCCUCCUGUUGGCGGUACGUCCCAAGAGAAAUGUGGCCAACUCAACCACAUCUCAUUUUUAUACUUUCCAAGGAAGGAAGUAUUGGCUUAUUUAUUCUGGUGACCUAUUUUCAUAUUUCAGAUGCCCUUUAUUAAAAAUAGAGGGUACAGAUGAUGUCUAGAAUUUUCACUUUCGGAUUAACUUUGGAAUCUGAAUGAAUCCAAGAUCUUCCCUCAAAUUAGAGGUUUUAAAGGCAAAAAAAGAAAGUAUUUGCUACUUCCCCCCCCCCCCCCCCAAGCUGCUACAAAUCUUGGGGGCUUACCAUAUUUAUUUUCCCUUACAAGUUAUAAAUGUAUUGAUUACAUUUGCAACGAUACAACAGGAAAAGGGAGUAAAAUGUUAUGUAAUAAAAAGCAAUUAAUUGGAUAUUUGUUUUUUUAUGGCACCUGUCAUAAAUUGCUAAAAAAAAUUCUGUCUCCAACUACCUUUGGGUAAUCUAAGUAAACACAAAAAUGCAACUAACUUGACAUCUUUAUAUAAUAGAGCUUGGUAAUCUUGGUGUAAUCUGAAUGUUGCCAAAUAAACCCUAGAGCCAUUAAAAUGAACAUUAGUAAUUUUAAUAAUGCCACAAUGAAUGUGAAAUUUAAAAUAACAGCUUAGUGGCACAGUAUUUGGCCCAUCUAUAAAGAAAAAAAAUUAGCAAAAGGUUUUUAAAGACUGAAAUUUAAUAUUUAAAAUUAUCAGAGAGUUUGUUGAAUAAAUUUUUAAUGUAAUAAAUAAUUUAUGCAUAUUUUAUGUAAAAAUUUAUUUGCUUAUUUUAUGUUUUAAUGUAAAAAAUAAUUUAUGCUUAUUUUUUUUUCACGCUUAUUAAAAUGUUUAUGUUCCUUUUUACUUUGGGUUUAUUUCAAAUUAUAUUAUUCGAUAUUGAGACUAACAUUGAAUUUUCACAGACUUCAUAUAUACAAUUUAAGCAUACAUUGUACAUUUUCAUAUGAAUCUGCUAAAUAUCUUCACCAGUCUACUUCAUAUCACUCUGCUAAGCAAUCUGCAAAGACUGUUGAUUCAUGAACCUGUAUAGUUCAAUUAUAAUAAUAAUAAAAAGAAUCUACAUUCUGUAUUAUACUUUUUCAUAAUAUCCAUAUAAUGCAAUGUUUUCUCUAAUGGUGUGCCAAAUAAUCCAUUUUAUGGUUAAAACAUAAUAUUAACUUAUUUUACAAGUAUAUUGGAAAAUAUGCAAAAUAUUAUUUGAAAUUAAAUGGUCAUGAUACAUUUUUUACCAUUUUUGAUAUUCAUUAAUUUUUUUAUGUAAUCUACAAUAAUUUUAAUAUUUCAAAUACUUUUUGUUCAAAUUUAUUCCUUUUAAUAAAGAAAAAAAUUUUGAAUUUAGAUUUAUCAGAUUAAAGAAAAAGUAAAGUUAAAUGAAUGUCAUUCUUUCUUGAGAAAUAAUUGGCAUAACAAUGAUUAGUGCUUAUAUUCAUCCCUAAUCCCUUCUUUAUAACAUGGUUAUAAUUCAAUCAUUUGUUUAUCAGAAAGUUGUUGCUGUUUUUGCACGGCAUUUUAAAAUUGCUUUUUUUUUUGCACUGGGUUUUAAGGAAAUUUUAUCUAUCACACAUUUAUACCAUGAUGCAUUGAAGCAAUUUUAUUUGAGUACCAUGUUGUAAAGGGUAUUUAUACUUGUGAUUUGAAUACCUCUUUGCUUUCAGAAAGCUUUUAUAUGUUCAGGUUGUUUUAUGAGUAGAAGGCUGUGCUGAUUCAAAGCAUUUACCCUACCCUUGUUAUAUGAACAUUACUGAAAUCUUCAUACAAUUUAUAGUUAAUCCGCUGUUAUGAACUUGGAAAUAAUAAAUUAUAUUUCAUGUAUAUUGUCAGCAUUAUUUGCAUUUAUAAGAGUUUGAUGAAUAUUAUUAUAUAUUAUUCAAUAUUAUAUUUAUUCAAGGUUUUAUAUAUGUAUUUGAUGAUUACCUGCAUUACUGCAGAAAAUAACUUUAAAUAAACUUUAUUCAUUGACUUUAAUAAUUUUGAAAUAUUUCAGGAACUCAAAAAAUAUUCCAGUUAUAUUCUAUCAAACCUUGAGAAAGACACUUUAUUGCAUAAUUUAAUUAUGAUCGAAUUCUUCUGUCGGUAUCCAUUUGGGUUGAAAUCAGUUUUAGUGUACCUAUUGAAUUAGUCGCCAAUAUGGUAACAGAAACAGUCAAGCAGAAUAAAUCCGCUAAUCCUUUAGUGAAUCACUCCAUUGUUUGGUGAACAACCAUCUUGCUUUGUGGUAUUGGCGGCUUAGUAUGGUUGGCGCCAAACCCACCCACCUUAAUGUAAGCAAUUUCUGUCUUUAUGGCAAGAAUGACCUGGUAUAUCUGUCUCUUAAAAAGAUUUCAUGUUUCCCCCUUUUCCAAAUUUCUGAAAAAUUGACUGUGAUGGCACAAUAGUAGAUUCAUGUAGGAAACUUUGAAUAACGAUAUAAAAGGAACAAUAUGAAUGAUAACAAGUGCGCCAAUGUUUAAAUGUAAUUUUAUAAUGGUUACAUCAUUUACAGUUUGAUUUAUCUAAAUAUAUAAUUUUUCCUACAUCCAUUUGGUUCAUACUUUCUGAACUAGUAUGGAACUCAUUUUUGUUUCAAGUUACUUACUUUGAAUGUAAAUAAUAACUGCUGAAAAGUAAUUAGUUUUAUGUUGGAAUGAUAUUUUUUGUAGUAUUAGUUUACCUUUAUUUCUAUUAAAAGAAUGAUGAUAUGCUUUAUUUAGUUUUGUUUGUUGUAUAGCUAUGUUUAUUUUUUA